CAGGCGCCGCCCCCUUCGGCUGAGCGGCAGGAAGGGGGGGACCCGCCGGUGGCUGAGGGUGAGGCCGGGACCGGGACGGGACGGGACCUGGACCGGGACCGGGACGAGCCUCCGGUGACCGCCGCCUCCCCGCAGAGCUGCCAUGGCCGCCCCCGCCAACGCGCAGAGCGCCAGCAAGACCUGGGAGCUGAGCCUGUACGAGCUGCACCGCACCCCGCAGGAGGCCAUCAUGGACGGGACGGAGAUCGCGGUGUCCCCUCGCAGCCUCCACAGCGAGCUGAUGUGUCCCAUCUGCCUGGACAUGCUGAAGAACACCAUGACCACCAAGGAAUGCCUCCACCGCUUCUGCUCCGACUGCAUCGUCACCGCCCUCCGCAGCGGGAAUAAGGAGUGUCCGACUUGCCGGAAGAAAUUGGUUUCGAAGCGAUCGCUGCGGCCGGAUCCUAAUUUUGACGCUCUGAUCUCCAAGAUUUAUCCGAGCCGGGAUGAGUACGAAGCUCACCAGGAUCGCGUCCUGGCCAAGCUCAGCCGGCUCCACAACCAGCAGGCGCUCAGCAGCAGCAUCGAGGAGGGGCUGAAGAUGCAGGCGAUGCACAGGGCUCAGCGCGUGCGGAAGCUGCACCAGGAAUCGGAUAACGCCACGUUCAGCGGCGGGGAGGAUAACUGCGACAGCCGCUCCCACCUCAGCAACGCCUCGGCUCCCAGCCACCCCGAAGCCGGUCCCAGCCGGAAACGCUCCCGAGCUUCCGACGAUUCCGGAGCCGAUCCCGAUCCCGAAACCUCCCACGAGGGAGGGGGCCGGGGAAGCCCCGAGCCGGGGGCGGAACCCGGCAGCAGCGAGAUCGAGCUGGUCUUCCGGCCUCAUCCUCUCCUGGUGGAGAAGGGCGAGUACUCGCAGACACGCUACGUCAAGACGACGGCCAACGCCACGGUCGAUCACCUCUCCAAAUAUUUGGCCCUUCGCAUCGCGCUGGAGGAAGCUCCGGGGCCGGGCCCGGAGGCGGCGGCGGGGUUGGAGGAGACUCUCAACGGGUCCCUGACGCUGGAGCUGGUGAACGAGAAGUACUGGAAGGUCAGCAAACCCCUGGAGCUCUACUACGCCCCCACCAAGGAGCAGAAAUAAGGCGGGGGGGGGACACGGGGAGACCACCACCCCCCCUCCCCAGAUCCCUCUGGGGUCCCCCGUGACCUUCUGGGGUCCCUGUGACCCCCCCCUCCCCCGGGUCCCCCUCCCCUUGUCCCCACGGACUGGCCGGGGGCUCCCCAAGGUGUUUUAUCUCUCUGAGGCGGCAACAUCGGGGUGAUGGGGGGGGGACACAUGGGGACACACAUUGGGGGGGGCUGCUGGGGGAGGGGAAGGGGGGGUGACAGUCCCAGUGCCCCCCAGGGAGGGUUGGGGGGGGGGCAGGGGAGGUGGGGACCCCCCCCCCGGGGAUGAUAACACUGUCCUGGGUCAGGGGGACAAAAACCCGUGGGGGGUUCCAGAGCCUGGGGGGGGGGUCCCUGGUGUCAGCUCCCCAACUUUGGGCUGGGGGCAGCCCUGAUCUGCACUCCCCCCACACUGUCCCCAGGGCCCCCCCAGGUUGUGUCGUCCCCCCACGGGUGACAACCAGUGCGGGGGUGAGGUGAACACGCAAUGGUGGCUGAACCCCCCCCAAAAAACCCCC